AUGCGCGAGGCAAACAACAUCGAAGAAUGCGAUUACGAUGCUGGCGACUGCUGCCAGUGCACCUGUGGGAUUGAGUCCGAUGACCUUCCCGACUUUUCCUGCGUGGACUUUGCUUGCGUUGACCCGAACGCACCGUGUGUGGAUGACGACGUCACGGAGGGGAUGUUUGAGGACUGCUUCAACUUCGGCGAUGGAUUCUGCAACGACUACAACAACAAUGAACAAUGCGGCUAUGACGGUGGCGACUGCUGCGAGUGCACCUGCGUGGUUGAUUGGUCCGCUGAGUUCGGUUGCACCGAGUUCGCAUGUAUUGAUCCAACGGCUCCGUGCGUUGAUGAUGACGACGUUACGGCUGAUGCGCUGGAAAACUGCAUGAUGGAAUAUCUUGGCGACGGAUACUGCGAUACUUACAACAACAUCGAGAUAUGCGAUUAUGAUGGCGGCGACUGCUGCGAGUGCACGUGUGGAAGUGACUCUACAGACGUGCUUGAUGGAGGCGACUGCUCGGAUUUCGUGUGCAUCGACCCAACGGCGUCAUGUUUCGAUGAAAACAUCACGGUCGACAUGUACGAGUACUGUGACGUCGAAUUACUCGGUGACAGCAUAUGCAACCUGUCCAACAACUUCGAAGUAUGCGACUAUGACUUCGGCGACUGCUGCGAGGCCACCUGUGGGGUUGACUCAUCUGGAACGCUUGAUGAGCUUUCCUGCUCAAGUUUCGCGUGUAUCGACCCCCAGUUCGUGACGCCAGCACCGACUCCGGCACCGCUCUCCUCGGAGUGCCUAGACGACCCCGCGUGCGUGGAUGGUACCCGAGGGCAGUCUGUCGACGACCCAGGGUAA